GGUGCGCCUGAGCUCCAUCAGACGCGUUAAGUUGAGGCAGAGGAGAGGGGCGCUCGCCUGCACUGACAAGUGGACGGAUGUGCGGUGAUGCCCUUGCAAAUGAAAGCGUCAGCAGCGGCCUCUGAACAACAAAAGGGGAGAUUUCGCCACGGUGGAGAGACAAGGGGAAAGACGAGGGAGCAGCUCUCGUGAGCAUAAAAUCGGCAUCCUGCAGCGUGCUUGAUGGCGGCGGCCUGCAGAUAAUCGAAGGAAGCCGGGGGCUGGAUUUGACAUGUCGCAGAGAUGUACUGUGUUAUCUGUAGCCAGAAGGUGAUGGCAGUGCUGGCAGAGCUUCACCUCUACUUCUACCCCUUCCACCUGAUCGAUGCCUGCUUCCUGCACAAAGACAUCAUUUGAAAUCUGGACUGCCUUCGUCCCUUCCUCUCCUUCUGCCUCUCCUCGCUCAUUUCAUACCACUCCCUCCACCCUCUUCAUCCAGCUGCUUUUUGCCUUUCCCUCGGUCUCUCCUCUCGCCAUAACAUCUACCUCCACAUCCUGGAACUUCUCUGCAAAGUCUUCUUCUUUGUGAUGGCUUGCUUUGGGCGCUCUCUGGACUCACCGUGCACACUAGCCUUGCUGGUAGGCUUUCAGUUUGCCUUUGUGCUCUAUUUCUCCCUUGGGGGCUUUAGAGGUCUGGUGUCUGUUCUGGUGCACACCACAGAACCAGAAUUUGAUUAUUCUCGACCUCAUGACGUUUACACCAACCUCAGUCUCCUUGGGGUACCACCGCCCCCUCCUCGGAACUCUGGCACUGGGCUUCCUGCUUCAGGACAACCGCUGAAAGACUGCCCGAUUCCUUCCCCCCUGUUGGUUGGACCAGUGUCUGUCCAUCUUUCCUCCCCUAUGUCUCUGGAGGACAUCCGACAGAGGAACCCUUUAGUGUUGCCUGGUGGACGGUACCGGCCUCCGGACUGCGAACCGCGCCACCACACAGCAAUUGUGGUGCCGUUCCGAAAUCGCAUAAGCCAUCUACGUUCUCUUCUGUACCACCUGCACCCUUUCCUGCAAAGACAGCAGAUACACUACAGCAUCUACAUUGUACAACAGUGGGGGAAUGGCACCUUUAACCGGGCCAAGCUGCUGAACGUAGGGGUGCGGGAGGCUCUCAAAGAUGAAGACUGGAGCUGCAUUUUCCUUCACGAUGUCGACCUGCUGCCAGAGAACGACCACAACACUUACACCUGCCACAAGCAGUUUCCCACACACCUGUCUGUGGCCAUGGACAAGUUUAGAUACAGGCUGCCGUACCCACAGUAUUUCGGUGGUGUAUCUGCGGUGACCCCAGAUCAGUAUAUGAAGAUGAAUGGCUUCCCAAACCAGUACUGGGGCUGGGGGGGAGAGGAUGAUGACAUCGCUGCCAGAGUGCGGUUGUCUGGUAUGAAGAUUGUGCGCCCUCCAGUGGCCAUUGGCCAUUACAAGAUGAUCAAGCACAAAGGAGACAAAGGCAAUGAGCAAAAUCCACGCAGAUUCGACCUCCUGAAAAAGACCAGACUCAACUGGCACUCUGACGGCCUCAACUCUUUGACUUAUGAGUUGCUUUCCAAGGAGCUGGAGCCGCUCUACACCAACCUGACUGUCAACAUCGGAGAGGACCCCCGGUUGACCCAGGGUAAAGCUCACAGUGCUGUGAAAGCAAUGCCUGUCCAUAGCUCCAGCAAGGACAAAGGACAAGUGAAAAGUCUAGAAGAAACAGUGGCAAAAAAUAACACUUUGAUCAAGUCAUCUGGUGAAAAGACAGGACUCAUCCUGCCAAAGACGGCAAAUAAAACUACACAGGAAAAAGCAGGAGUGAUGAAAUAAGAGGUGUUAAUUAAGUAAUAAUCUUGCACUUGUAGCAUAAAGUGGUCGUCAUUUUUGAUGGAAAGCAGCAUUGAUUUGCUGUAUUAAGGGCAGUUAUGCACUGGAUCACAAACACACAACCUGUUUCGUUUACAGAUGUGGAUUCAGGACUACUGAACCCGUUUGGUUGGGUUAUGAUCUGCUGAAUGUGGUGCUGACUGUAUUGACUGGCAAAGAAACCUCUGUGACCAGAAGUAGAAAGAUUAAAAAAAGAAAAGGAAGAAAAACUCAAUUGCAUCUUUCUAAAGAUACAAAACGCUAGCUGAACAUGAGAUGCCGACAUUUCUCUACUGACUGGAACUGCAAGUUGAGGGAACACAUCUGCAAAGCGGCAGCUUCAAUCAGUCUGCACCUCUGAUUCCCUCCUACUUAAAGAAAAGAAAAGAAAAACAAAAAAAAGCUGCUGCUGUCUGUCCACCUCGCUACAUGGAGGGGUUUGUGUUUCUGUGCCUUCUCUCUUUUAUGCGCAUUUUAUAGACCAAUAGGAAUGCUUUUAGGGGCUAAGCUAGCAAAGGUUUGGCUUCUCCUGCCAGCUGGGAGGAUAAAGCUGAUUAUGGACCAGAACAAGCCCCUUGUUCCAGGACUGCUGUUUUUAUAUAUAUGCUUGCAUCGAUCAAUCACUGACCAAUUCCAUAGUUCUUGAAAUAUCCUAGAGUUUAUAUUUAUAUAUCUAUAUAUAGAGAGACAUCUUUAUUUGUGUACUUCUUUAGUUUAAUGUCCUUCAUUACAGUCUGGUGCCUCUCUCUCUAUGACGUUUAGUUUAGAGACAAUCAAAUUAUAUGGGAGUGUAAGCUGUAUUCAAACACAUAAUGAAAAUGACGUGGCAUGAUAGUUGUUGUGUCUAGUUUGACUAUAUUCUUGAUACACGAAUAGAUUUGUGCUUCUGAUAAAAAUUGUGUUUUUUUUUAAUUUAAAUUGUUCGCUUUAAGUUUAGUCAAGUAUGAGAUUAAGAAGAAAACUCACAGACAGUGACAUAAGGCACACUACAAGAAAAAUGUCAAGCUAGUGUUCUAGUAUCUAAAGUGGUUAUGGUGACAACAAAGCACUGUGCGUAGAUAUAGCUACGAACAAAUGUUUGCCUUUUUCUGUCUGACUUUAUUUGCUACGGUGAAGCUUUAGUGACUUAAGCAAGAAGAAAAUGUUUCUAACCCCAAAAUAUGUUUUCUUUAUGUAAAACUCUGGAGGUGUGUUUGAUCAGGAGAUGCAUGUAGGUGAUCAUCCACUUGUAAAAGCUAGCAGCCGCUUUAUUUUGUUGUUGUAAAAUAUCAGCCAUUCUGAAUGUACUCUUUAGUGUCCAUCUUGGUUUAUGUUUUGUAAGGAGAGUUUAUUUCCAGGGCCUUGCUGAAGAAUUGAUACACCUUAAACCUUUUUUUCACAUUUUGACACAUUGCGACCAUAAACUUUAGGGUAUUUAAUUGGGAUUUUAUGUCAGAGACACACAAUCGCAGUGCAUAGGUGUGAAGAGGAAGGAAGGCAGUCUAUGAAGCCUCCCAGUCUUAUGAAGCCUGGGCGCAAAUUCAAACUGGAAGACUCUUUAGCCCCACCUGGCUCGUCCUAUCGGAGCAUCCCGCCCAUCACCGCUGUCCUAUCAACGCUGGAUCAAGCCACGUCACGUCCAAUCACCUUCCAAGGCCCAGCUGAAAAGGACCUCCAUCCAUGGCGUCUUCCGCAUCCCAACCGCGCUCAACCUGUUCAGCCGCACGCCUCAGCUCUCGGUCAAAUAUCUCACCAGACCCCUUUUCAGAGCGACUGCUCGCCCCCGCACCUCUCAUGUCCGUCAUAAAGCCGCUUAGCCGCGUGCUCGGCCGCUUCUUUCCCUCAGACGCUCCCCAGAUGGAAGAGAAUCCCUGGACGUCAUUCAUUCCAAGCAGCUUCUCCCGCCGCUUUCUCGCUGACUGGGAUCCACCGUCACCUGCUCCAGCGCUACCCACUUCACGGCCUUGGCCGGCUCGCCAGGUCUCGCCGCACCGACCUACGCCAACAACUUCACACACUUCCGUAUAGCCGCUAUCAGCCCGGUCAUCCGCUCCUUCCGUCCGGAUUUCCCACGCCACGCCUCGGGCCUUCCAGGUAAGACGUAUCCUCACAUAUCUCAUCCAUGUUUCGCAAUGUUAGGAAACGUAGGACUUUUUUCUUAGUCCAUCUCCCUCCCGAACUUGCAAGCCUUAUUCGCAUGCGUCACCCAGGCUGCGCUUUAAAUGCUUCAGAGCUUUUACUGAAUAAAUGCAUAAUUAAAUCAGUAACUAGUAGCAUCCCUCCCAGCGGCGUCAAAGCGGAUCGCCGACUGCGUUUCUUCAGCGCCCGGCACCUAGUAGUAGCCUCUGUCAUUUCGCCGGCAUCAAGCCCCACAUACUCCUCCCCGAACUUUAGUACGCCCGCAACAGACAUUCAGCUCCGCUUCUCGGUCCAUCUCAAGUCAGCGGCCGUGCCCCUCCACAUUCAUUUGCAAAGCGGUAUUAUUCAGCCACCCAGCUACGUAGAGCCGUUCAUGGGUUGUCAUGGUUACCGCAUUAAAUUCUCUGAUUCAACAUGUGCCUUCAGAGUCUCUGUGUCGUCCCUCUCCCCUUGAUUUGCCCCAGGUGCUCUCAUUCCUUGAUUACCCCGUGCUUUGUACCAUGUCUGAGUCCCUGUCCUUCUGUUCGUAGCUGUCGUCACACGUCUCGGUCCAUCAGUUCACCCCGCUCCUACCCGUCUCGAGCCCUGGUUUCCACUCGGCAGUGCUGCCUGGGAUUUAGGAUAAUCUGGACUACCAGACUAUAAAUUUCUCCAAACAUCAUCGUUUUACUGCUACUCGGUUCCUUGCAUCGCCUCACCACCCGCCACUACAGUUCAUGACGCCGUUCGCAGUUGUAAAAGCGAGGUGACUGCAUGGACUAAAGCCGUAAAUUAUAGCUCUAGUCUAACUGUGCUCCUAGUCUCAGUAGUCAGUCUUAUGCGCUGUAGAAUGUGAAGCCGGCUAAUAAUCUCCCAGGUCACAUCGGUACCAAUCAGCUCAGAGCUUCUCCAAUCGGUAACCAAGUCAUCACGCCAGGGCCAUCAUCGCAUCAUCGUUUCUCAUAAAAUUUUUGCUUAGAGUCCCAUUCGCUACCCAUCAAAGGUAACUUUAAAUAGAAGGUGAUGUCGCAUUAAUCUCAAAGAAUAAGCGUCCGGCGUUCGAGCUUCAGUAAUUUUCCCUGUUAUAUAAUGCAAAAGGCUAAUCGAUACCUCACGUUUCAUCACAGUCGUGCUGUUCGGAGUGAACUAGAAGACCUUAACGAUCUGGCAGCGGUUUUCACCAGGCUUGUUAUCAAAUAUCCCCUUUUCUUAACUUAGGUUUUUUUUUAGGAUUGGCUAAGUUGCUUCUGGGUUUCUCCUUGGCGUUAGAAGCUUAACUGCUUCCCCGCCAGGCCUAGCGGUACGGUGAGCUUGUAGGGUAUUGCCUGCCCAGAGAAAGCAGUGCCCCUCCCCUCCCUCUGAACCGGAAGCCGUCUGUCCCCACCCCAGAAGUGCCAAUCUUGCACUCUUUCAUACAUAGGGGCUCCCGCUUUUCACAUAUCCGUGUCUCCCCGUCACUUUCACAGUUAAAACCGUUUUAUUCAUUAAAUGUUGCAACCUGUAUCCCGAGCUGCCUUCAAACGCAACUUGAACACCGAGACGCUUGCCGGGUUUUAUGCUACAGUGAAGGAGACCUGCCGCCGCCGUGCUGAGCCAUGCAUGUGCAUUAGUCAUAACAAAAAUACAGAACUCUGCUAAGUUUUCCCCCAAGUAAUCAACUGAGUCGAGUAAUACUGCCAGAUGCCGGUAAUCACAGACGAAACAUGCCCAGAUAACAUUACAGCACCCUAAGCAUGUUAACAGUAGCCUGCGGUUACCGAGUCGUUACCCACGUUCGGCUACGUAGAUUCAUAGCUCGGCGUUCUCAACCAACAGUAAAUUGCCUCGCAUGCCGACAUUACAAGCUCAUGCCCCUGCUGGCACUUCUAGGCUUCAUCUCUCAUCAAAAUAAAUAAAUCGUCUGAAUUCGCACGUUAUCCCCAGGCCAUCCUGUCCUCUUGCUUUCCCAGGUUUCACUCUCGCCCAUUCGUUCCAGUCCCUCUUCCGAGCCAAUAUCCUCUCCCCCACGGGGGUGAAUCAGCACCUUCUUGUCGCCGGGAGUCCGGUAUCGCAUUUCCUCUCUAAAUUUCCCAUUCUUUCCAGCCGUUGAAUCCCCAUGCAGCCGGUUUGCUCCGCCUCCAUUUUCAACAGCACGAGUCCUCAGUUUUCUGCGAAACCCGUUCCACCCUGUAACCUGUUUCUCGAGGGGUUUUUCUGCAAAGCGUCCCUACAUCGCAGCUCUCUGCCAUAAGCUAUCAUGUUCGACCCACAAGCCGAACCGCCACUAUUUUCAUCGUUAUCACUCACCCUAAGCAAUUCUAUUUGCUAUUCAUCAAUUUAAUCACGUCUGCUUAUCGCAGAUCCAACCUUCAUCUACCAACAUCCUGCCAUUCGAACACGCUCUCUUCAACAGCUGGCCUUCAUCUACCAGCAUCCCGCCUUCUAAACCCUUGCUAAUAAGCCAUCUCUCCCAGACUUCGUCCAGUCCAGCUAUUAGAGAGAGAGA